CUUGAUGACCAUGAACUAUGGCCUCCGGAGGAAAUCUCUCUUCCAGCAGUCACCAUCUCCAGCUCCACUGAAACGGGCCAAGCAUAUUCGUCGAUUGUCGUUCCAUUGCAACAGGCGUACACCGGUAGAAAGCCUGUGAUAUCAUCCCGCCUUGCCGACACUCCCUGCGCUACCCUCGGCAUUCAGAGCCUCUUGGAUCAACUCAACACGACACUCGGGACAUCACACGCCCUGGACACUCCAUCUCUCUCUUCUCUUCUUGAUGACUGUAUCACAAACGACUACGACUUUGGCAUGGCAUAUAGCCUUCUCCGCCGGAUAUGGUACACCCACAACUGGAGCACUAUACGAGCUUAUGUUUGUAAAUGUGAGAAAAAGGACCGGGACGAGCGACGAAAAGCACUCAUUGGUAACCAGAUCGUCGAACCAUUUUUGCCACCUCGACGUGUCUGGGAUCUGUAUAGUAAUCGGGUGGUCCCACGGUGGAUCAUGGACAUUGAUGACGUCCGCGCCGUGUGGCGGCUGUGGCCUGACCCGAUAUCGCAUGCGUGGGUGGACGAGAAGGAUCGCGCCGACGUGUGGACGCCUAUCAACGGAUAUGAAUGGCCUGUUCCUGUCCCGAAAGAGAGUGAUCUCAAGCUGAUCCGCAUUGAGAUGCUCAACCUCGGACUGGAGUACGCGUGGUUGGAUGUUCUGUGUUUGAGACAGGUGGGUGGUCCAGGGGAGGAUAUGCGUACAGAGGAAUGGAAGCUGGAUGUGCCCGUGAUCGGGGCGAUGUAUCGACAGACAGAAGUGGUGUGUUACUUGAGUGGGCUGGGUCGGCCUUUGAGUUUGAAGGAGGGCGACUUGGAUAGUGAUCGGUGUUGGUUUAGACGUGCAUGGACACUGCAGGAGGUUGGGGACAAGAUGGUGAUUGCUGGGGACACACCGAAUGGACCAAUGCAUGCCAACUUGCGUAAGGGCAGAAAGUAUGAGACUGAGCUACUGACCAGGUUUCACAAGCAGCUGGAGUCUACGGUGGACAUUACACAUUGUAUUGUGUCUGUGGCACUGGGGGAGAUGCAAAAUCGAGUGUCGACCAAACCAGUUGACAAAGUUGCAGGACUGGCAUUUCUUCUGUGGCCCGAGACGAUACCAGCAUACUAUGAGGGUCAGUCUCUCGAGGAGGCAUGGACAGCACUUGUGAAUUCGAUGCUUACGCUGGGUCGGGGGGAGUUGUUCUCCUUGUUUCCUGAACCGGGAAAUGCACGCGCAAAAUGGAGGCCAUCGUGGGACCAGGUUAUGAUGAAGCCUCUGCCCACAUAUGAUCAUGGCCCUCACAUUUUUGUUCAUCGGGAUGAGACAGGGGAUGAAGACUCGUGUGAUGUGUACUACAUUGAAAAGGGGUUGGUGCAGGGGUUGGCUGUUGUGGAAGGGGGUCCUCGACGUGGAAAGUUGAUUUUUAAAAACAAGGGUGGGAUAGAACGUGGAUUCAAGAUCAUCGCCAACCACACAUACCCGAUACCUGAAGACACUUAUACACUGAUUGAUCCUGGCACUGUUGAUUUGGGGAUGUCAUGCUAUCGUUGGGUUGUUGGGCGAAGCCUGCCAGGGGGGAUGUUCGAGAAAGUGUCGCUGGUGGAAAUUCCUAGAAAAAAAGAACGUAGAAGGUUAAAGAAACUGCGUAUUACUGAAAAACGUCGAUAUAUUCUUAUUUGA